AUGAGACUAGGAGAAAAGGCUCAAGUCGUACCUGUGAUAGCGUGGAGCGUGGACUUGACGCGUCCACGCUCGGCGCAACGAGAGCCGGUGGAAUUGUUUUUCUGCGCUCGCGUCCAUCCCACGAGGCGCGGGGUCAGCGCGGGCGUCCGUUAUCGCGGCGGACCCCCCCCCCCCCUGGCCGCCGUGCCCCCCGCAGCCCCCCUCCCGCUCCAGGCGAGCGCAGCACGGCAACUCGGUAACCGGGUCGCCUGCGCGGAGCCACUCGCCAUGCGCCAGCUCCAACUACUAGCCUCCUCCUCCUAUGAGAUUACUUCAUGUUCUCCCCAAUAUGCAACAUUUAGC